AUGCAAGUGAGAAUUGAGUUGGGGAACUCAAGAAUGGGGAAGAAUGAUGAGGGCUGGAGGGAACAGUUGGAGCUCAAAAUCAGGGAGGGUCUAGGGUUUGAGAUAUUGAGGAUUGCAAAUGAGGGUUUUUGUAUGGAUAAACUUAUGAAGCUUUCAACAUCAGGGAUGGAUCAGCAACCUCAUGAAGGGGCCAAAAAGUGUUUGAAUUCCGAGCUAUGGCAUGCUUGUGCUGGUCCUCUGGUGUCUCUGCCUACAGUUGGGAGCCGUGUGGUUUACUUCCCUCAGGGACAUAGUGAGCAGGUUGCUGCCACGACUAAUAAAGAAGUUAAUGCACACAUCCCCAAUUAUCCAAGCUUGCCGCCGCAGUUGAUCUGCCAACUCCACAAUGUUACAAUGCACGUCGAUAUAGAAACAGAUGAAGUAUAUGCUCAAAUGACAUUGCAGCCCCUGAAUCCGCAAGAACAAAAAGAGAUAUAUCUUCCUGUGGAUCUGGGAACUCCUAGCAGACAACCUACUAAUUACUUUUGCAAGACGUUGACGGCAAGUGAUACUAGUACACAUGGAGGCUUCUCUGUUCCUCGGCGUGCUGCAGAGAAAGUCUUCCCACCUUUGGAUUUCUCUCAGACACCACCAGCCCAGGAACUUAUUGCUAGGGAUCUCCAUGAUGUUGAAUGGAAGUUUAAGCAUAUUUUUCGGGGCCAGCCCAAGCGGCAUUUACUUACUACUGGCUGGAGUGUCUUUGUCAGUGCCAAAAGACUAGUUGCUGGAGAUUCUGUUAUUUUUAUAUGGAAUGGGAAAAACCAGCUCCUUUUGGGAAUUCGUCACGCCAACCGACCGCAAACUGUGAUGCCAUCAUCUGUUCUUUCAAGUGAUAGUAUGCACAUUGGACUGCUUGCUGCUGCUGCUCAUGCUGCUGCUACUAAUAGCUGCUUCACCGUUUUCUAUAACCCAAGGGCUAGUCCAUCUGAGUUUGUUAUACCUUUUCCAAAGUAUGUAAAAGCUGUAUAUCACACUCGUGUUUCUGUUGGAAUGCGUUUUCGGAUGCUAUUUGAAACUGAAGAAUCCAGUGUCCGCAGAUACAUGGGCACGAUUACUGGUAUUGGGGAUUUAGAUUCUGAUCGUUGGCCAAACUCCCACUGGCGUUCCGUCAAGGUUGGUUGGGAUGAAUCGACAACGGGUGAGAAGCAGCCACAUGUAUCACUAUGGGAAAUUCAACCCUUGACAACGUAUCCCAUGUAUUCCUCUUUGUUUCCUCUGAGGCUGAAACAACCAUGGUAUCCAGGGGCAUCCUCUUUCCAAGAUGGCAGUAGUGAAGCAAUGUACAACAUGGCUAGGUUUAGAGGUGAAGCCGGUGUGCAUGGACACAGUUCUAUGAAUUCUCAGUCAGUUGGUACGUUUCCCUGGACGCCACAGAGAUUUGAUCCACCUAUCUUACGAAAUGAUCUCAAUCAGCAGUACCAGGCUAUGCUGGCAGCAGAAUUGCAAAAUUUUGGAAGUGAGGAGUUGCUGAAACACCAAUUAGUGCAGUUCCAACAACCUGUUCAAUAUAUUCAACAUUCAGGCAGCCAUAAUCCCCUGUCACAGCAGCAGCAAGCAGUCCCGUUAUCAAUUUCUUCAUAUAUGCUUUCUGCACAAACCCAAAUGGUACCAGAUAAUCUACGUAGGCAAACACAACAGCUUGUUAACAACCAUUCCAGAGAACAUCUGCAGCAGCAUACUUAUCCGGAAGCAUUUCUAAUGCAACAUGCUCAACUCCAACAGAGGGAGCCAACAGAUUUUCCCUCCCCUUCAUUUACAAAAUCAGAUUUCACAAACUCAAACAAUAAACUUUCAGCAUCUAUUUCUCCUUCGAGAAUGCAAAACAUAAUGGGUUCCCUUUGUUCAGAAGGGCAGGGUGAUCUUUUGAAUUUCUCAAGAUCUGGUCAAUCAAUGAUCAAUGAGCAGUCGCCGCAACAAUCCUGGGUGGGGAAAUUUGCUCAGUUACCAGUCAUUGAUAGCUCCAACUCAGCUUCACUUCCAGCGUAUCCUGGAGAGGAUUUUUCUGUUGAACAUGAAACCUGUGGCUUGGAUACCCAGAAUCACACCUUUUUUGGUGCUAAUGUUGAAUCUUCAGGACUCCUGCUUCCAACCACCAUGUCCAGUUUAGAUACUUCUUCAGUUCGUGCUGACAUGUCAUUUGAACUAUUAGAUGCUUCUGGGUUUCAGAGUCCUCUACUCGAUUAUACAAAUGAUUUAGAGUUAUUGCAAAGCACAGGACAAGUAAAACAAUCAAACCCAACUGGUACUUUUGUUAAGGUUUACAAAUCUGGGUCAGUUGGUAGGUCAGUGGAUAUCUCCCGGUUCAACAGCUAUCAGGAGCUGCUGUGGGAACUGGGUCAGAUGUUUAGGAUAGAGGGGUUGCUUGAAGGCCCUCAAAGAUCAGGCUGGCAGCUUGUAUUUGUCGACAGGGAGAACGAUGUGCUUCUCCUUGGAGAUGACCCAUGGGAGGAGUUUUUGAACAAUGUCUGGUAUAUCAAGAUCCUUUCUCCCGAGGACGUCAGAAACUGUAAAGACAAGAUUCUGGAUCAUUAA